AACACUUGCGACAUAAUAUUCACACACACUUGCGGCAUUAGGUGUUCAUCUUUCACCAGUGAUCGGUGUAAGCCUGUUAUUCACCUUCAUUGUGCAGAAGGCUAUGGUAUUCGGAGCAUCGAGUUUUGACUUUACAUUUGUGGUAUUUGUCUUUGCCUUCUUCAAUGUGGAAGGGGACGGAUGCAUCAGUGAAACAUUGACAGCGACCAAGGAAGCAAGAUAUCUAACAUCGCCAGGCUACCCACUGAGGUACCAGAACAACUUAAAUUGUACUUGGGAAAUUAUCGGACCCCAGAACAGCAAACUGAAAGUGAAGAUCCUCAGCAGUGACAUCGGCCGGCAAGUGACCUGUGAAGGAGACUACGUCCAGGUGCUUGAUGGAAGCAAGGACGCGGCCUCGCUUGGGACCUUCUGUGGCGUCAAUACACCUUCGUACAGAAGCAGCGGCUCCACCAUCACGAUCAGGUUUAUAUCUGAUGGAUCAGGAACUGGUAAGGGUUUCCGGCUGAAGUACAACUAUACAGACUCACAGACGUAUACCUCGGCGUUCCUUUGCGGUAUUGGGAUAUGUUCGGGUUUCAUUUUAUUCUUCUUUGUUCUUUGCAAAACUGCCUCCAAAUGUGCAAGGAAAAGACACGAGAGGAGAAUUGAACUUGAAACUCAGCAUCAAACUCCGCAGGCAGAGAUGCCUACAGGGAUUGUGGCUCCAAAUGGUAAUGCUACAGAGUUAUCUGCCCCUCCUCCGACAUACAACGACAUUGUUAAUAGCAACAUCAUGAACAAUAACAAAGACAAUAUGAAUGACACGUCACCACCGCCUUAUUCAUCAUUACGCAUAUCGGAUACUUAAGACUUACGCAUAGUUUGUUUGUUGCUUAACGCAGCAUUCAGCAUAAUUCUAGCUAUAUGACGGCGGUCUGUAAAUAAUCGAGCCUGGACUGGACAAUCCAGUGUUGUGAUAUCAUGAGCAUCGAUCUACGCAA